UGUUGCCAUCCCUAUAAUCCCUCUCUACUCCAUAAUCUCUUGCCUCUAGCUUUUUUGCCUGAAAAAAAAAAAAAGGAAAAAAACAAAAAUGCCUCUAGUUACCGAGACCGUGACAUUCAGGAUGUUCUCCUCCGCCAGCGACGUAUGGAGCGCCGUCACCGCCGCCACAGCUGUUUUCCCGAUGGCGAUGCCCAACCUCUACGCCGGCAUCAAGCGCAACCGCCGCGACGGCUUCACCGAAGGCUCUAUCCGCGACAUCACUUUCGGUCCUGCUUACAGCAGGGUGGUGGGAUCGGGGAGGGAAGAGAUCCUUGAAGUUGACCAUUCCAACAUGACGGUGAAGACGACGAUGAAUGACGACGGAGCAUUCGUGCCGCGGCUCUUCGACAGCGUCGACAUCACGACGGCCGUGGUGCCUUCCUCCCGCGCCAACCUUAGGGCCACAGGCUGCACGAUUACUUGGUCCUUCACCUACGACAGCGCUAAGGGUAACGCCGACGUUAACAACCUCAAGAACGUGAUGCAGACUGCGUUUCAGGAUUUGGACGACUACCUCAGGAGGGGACGUGGCAAUCGCCCAUGAAAAGGAGAGACGACGGCUAUAUAUCUUUCAUUGUCGAUCGACCAUGCGAUAUGCGAUGGAUAAUAAGUAAGACGGUCGACUCGAUGCUAGUAGCUCUUGUGCGUAGACCGUCUUUUGUUUUUGUGUUGGUCUUUUUGAUUUGAUCGUUGUUGUUCAAUUUCUGUAUGUGUUUCAUUUCGAUUGAUUUCCUGUACGUGUUUCUUUCCCUAUAGUAUUGUCUAUGCCUG